AUGGCGCUCAUUUGGUUGAUCCUCCUCGGUUUUAUGUGGGUUAUUGAUGCAAAGCUGGCUUCGAACUACCCAGUGAACUCACAACUGCCUCCUGUGGCUCGGGUGUCACAGCCCUUCGAGUUUGUUUUCUCUCCUGGUACAUUCGGCGGCAGUGACUCGUCAACGUCUUAUUCGCUCUCAAACGCCCCGUUAUGGCUUCGAGUGGAAAGUAAGAAUCGCACUUUAUUCGGCACACCCCAGAAGGAGGAUGAGGGAACUGCGAAAUUUGAUCUUUUGGCAUCGGGCGAAUCAGGAUCAGCAAGAAUGGAGGUGACUCUAAUUGUAACGGAGGAUGAUGGGCCAAGACCUGGGAAGCCGGUACUUCCCCAGCUCGAAGCGAUUGCUGCGACAUCCGCUCCUUUGACAAUCUUGAUUCACUCUGGGGACGCCUUUGAUAUAGCCUUCGACCAAGACACUUUCACCAAUACCCGCCCAUCCACAGUAUACUAUGGGACAUCCCCUGGGAAUGCCCCGCUACCUUCCUGGGUGGGAUUUGACCAGUCGAACCUUCGUUUUUCUGGUGUUGCACCUAAUAUUGGACCUCAGACGUUUACUUUCAGUCUUGUUGCCUCAGACGUGGCUGGCUUCAGCGCAGCCGCUAUGAAUUUCGAUAUGACAGUCAGCCCGCAUAUCCUGUCAUUCAACCAGAGUGUGCAGACAUUCUUCAUCAGUCGAGGAGAGCAGUUUACUAGUCCUCGGUUUAGAGAGAUCCUGACUUUAGAUGGGCGAGAACCAUCAAAUGCCGAUUUAAGCGGUAUCCAGAUUGACUCGCCUUCCUGGCUUGAGUUUGAUAAUAGGACGAUCUCAUUUAUUGGCACCCCACCAGUUGAUGCGGCGGAUUCAAAUAUCACCAUCUCCGUAACAGACAAGUAUCAAGAUGUAGCAAGGCUUAUCAUCAGCCUACAGUACUCACAAUUCUUUCAUGGCAUACAGGGAUGUGAAGCGAUUAUCGGCCACUAUUUUUACUUUGUUUUCGAUGGUGCGGUCCUGACCAAUGACUCCGUUCACCUUGAAGUCGACCUAGGAAACCAACUUUCUUGGCUGCACUACAACUCCGACAAUAAGACGCUCUACGGCCAUGUCCCAUCUACUGUUAGCCCAAGGAACUAUACACUCAAGCUUACUGCUCAUGAGGGGACCGCGGAAGAUACCAGACAGUUUACACUCAACAUUUUAGAGGAAGGAGGUUCUUCAAGUCAGGACACAGACAAUUCAGCGGGCUCCGCUGGGGGUAUUCAUGGAAAAAAAGCUGGAAUAAUUGCCAUUUCAGUUGUGAUCCCUUUUGCUUUUUUAACAAGCCUUUUGCUUAUCUUCUGCUGCUGGCGCCGUAAACGCAGGACAUCAACUCAUGAAGAAGGGCAAUUACCAAAGGAGAAAGUACCACACCCAGAUGUCUCCGAGCUACCACACUGUCAGCCUUCCGAAGAAGCUACAGGGGAUAAUCUCCCCGAAAUGGUCAGAAGUCCUCCGGAACCAUCAUCGAAACCGCCGAGAUUAGAACUGGCGCCUUUCUGGGACACGAGCCCCUUGGACGAGCAUGGACAGAGAGGACACUCCGAAGGUAGAAAAAAUACGUUCUCUACUUCGACCAUCGAGUGGGAUUUGGGUCCGUUUAAAAAGCCUGGUUCAGAACAGGACAAAAAAAUCGACGAUGUAUCCGUUCCACCCAAACGGCUGUCGUUCCAAAGCAGUCCACCCAUGCGCAGACGAACAACGACUAAUUCACGAAAGAGAGAACCUCUCAGGCCCAUCCAGCCAAGGAGAUCGCUAAAACGAAGCUCGGUCCAGUCGUCCAAAUCAAAGAGGUAUUCGAAGCGUUCCAGUGGAAUAUCAUCUGUUGCAUCCGGGCUCCCCGUAAGGCUUAGCGGUGCGGGACAUGGUGCCGGCGGCUUUGGGCCCCCCGGGCAUGGAGUAGUUCGAGUGUCGUGGCAAAAUACGCAUGCAUCUCUGCAAAGUGACGAGAGCGGAGUUGGGAAUCUAGCACCCUUGUUUCCUCGGCCCCCACCUCGAACAAGAGGUAGUCUAGAAUUCCCAAACCGGAUGAGCUUACGGACAGUGGAACCUGAUUCACUGACAAUUUCGGAGACCGAUUCUUUGGAGGCCUUUGUUCACACUAGGGCGAAGAAUAGAAACUCUUCCAAUCCCAUGUUCUCUGGGCAGUUCAGCCGCAGAACAUCUUCUGGUCUCCGGGCUUUGGAGAGAGCUCGAAGCACAGCAAGCCGAACCGAUACUAUAAAUAGCUCCAACUAUUAUGACGACUACAGACGAUCUAUACAUGAACGUCCAUGGUCUACGGCAAUGUCUGCGUCUAUUUAUACGGAUGACAACCGCCUGUCUACAUACCUCGAAUCGCUGUCAGAAGAAUCUUUGAACGUACGACCAGUAGCUCCAAUGGCUGGAGACCUGAGCCAAUCUAGUCUGGCGCGGAACUAUUCGGCGGCGAUAGCACCGCUUCCCCGGUUCUUCAGCGAAUUAAGCCUUAGUAGUGCACGGCGGGCUGAGUCGCGUGAGUUGAACGACAGCGCAGGUGGUUCACAGCACAUGGGCGAGCGGCAACCCGAAUUAAGUCAGCGUGUUAGGUCCAACACCAGUCCGUUUUCGCAGGCCGAAGUUUCUGGUACUGGUCCACACCCUCUGCGCAAAAGCCCGUCGACCUCGUCCAUCCCAUUCGAUAGCAAGGUACGUCGGAUAAGCCUGAUCCGACUAGCAGAUCCGGAAGCAAGGGAACAGCGGGGCCUGCAAUAAGAUGUAACUGGGAGUGUAUGAAGUGAUAAAGUUUUUGUGAGCAGUACUCUUGUACUAUACAUAUUGCUGUCUUUCCUUUCGUGCUGUCUCAUGAUAUCCUCGUUCUUGCUUUGCGGCUUGUGUACUUUUUCUGAUUUGUAUACAUCUUACGCUAAAAUCCAGAGGCCGG